CCCAAUUAAUCAUAAUAUAAUGUUAAAUUGACCAAGUACAUUAGUUCACUACAACAACUAACUUCUACUUGGUGAUCAAACUAUCGACUGAAACAGAACUCGUUUAUCGCAUCCACAUUUAUGUUACCAUCUCACUAUAUAAUCUAUACCUAAAAAUUUUCAUCAAGAUGUAUGCUCUUUAAUCACAACUGGGAACUACACUUUGAUGAUCUUAACCGAAAAGUCACGUUAUCAUCUAAACAAUAAACUGUCUUCAACCCUUAUUUUAUCGCAUCUACAGAGUAUCUGCGUAGCGAGAAAAUGAAUUUAUUCAUUACUUCGAAAACAGUACGGAUUCAAUAAACGGACUAUUGAAAUAUCGCGAGAACAGAUUUUGAAUUAUUUUAAAGUGAUAAACGUCUAGAUUUCAGAGACAACCAAAUACUUAAAUGUCUGAAUGACAUAGAACGUACUGAUCUCACAGAGCAGGUAAAAUGACGUGCUCAGGUAAUUGUCCGAUGACGGAUAAAGUACGCUCUAUAAUAUACUGGCGAAAACCAAUGAUAUCUGGCGUUGUACUAGCUCUCUUAUUAACAAUGGAAUUUAGUUUGAUGUGUUUUUCCGCUAUCUCGUUUAUUGCCUACAUUGGACUGGCUCUUCUUGUUGCUGUCAACUUGAUGCGCAUGUACUAUCAUUUUGUGGCUAAGACAGAGCAAAACUUUAUCAGAGAAUAUUUGGAACGCGAAAUUACUGUACCAGAAGAUAAAGCAGCUAAUGUUUCACGACGUCUGACUGAAGUUGUGAAUAAAGGACUGAUACGCACCAGAGAAAUAUUUCUACUCACUGAUCCUGCUGCAUCUGUAAAAUUCGCUGUGCUUCUAUAUCUACUGACGUACAUUGGCGCUCAGUUCAACUUCUUGACGAUAUGCACUUUGUUCACUUUUGGUGUCUUCUGUGUACCAAAGUUUAUGAACACUAUCAGCCGGAGAUUGAUAAAAUGA